AUGUCUUCCCCCAAGAUCCCCACCGAGCAAUGGGCGCAGGUCAUCGACAAGGUCGGCGGUCCUGUGCAAUACAAGAAGAUUCCUGUCCCCAAACCAGGCCCAGAGGAUGUGCUUGUGAACAUCAAAUAUUCUGGUGUCUGCCACACCGACCUGCACGCCGUCAAUGGUGACUGGCCCCUCCCGACCAAGUUGCCUCUUGUUGGUGGCCAUGAGGGUGCUGGCAUCGUUGUGGCCCGUGGCGAGUUGGUCACCGACGAUAUCUGCAAGAUUGGCGAAGCUGUGGGUGUCAAGUGGUUGAACGACUCCUGCUUGAACUGCACAUUCUGCCAGCAAUCAGACGAGCCUCUGUGCCUCACCCCAAAGCUCUCCGGCUACACCGUCGAUGGUUCCUUCCAACAAUACUGCGUCGCAUCCGCAAGACACGUUGCUCAUAUCCCUGAUGGUGUACCUCUCGACGAGGUUUCGCCCGUCCUCUGCGCAGGCAUUACAGUCUACAAGGGUAUUAAAGAGUCGGGAGCACGACCGGGACAGACAAUUGCGAUCGUCGGUGCUGGUGGUGGCUUGGGGUCAUUGGCACAGCAAUACGCACGGGCUAUGGGUAUCCAUACCAUUGCCAUUGACACUGGAGAUGACAAGAAAGCUCUCUGUGAAAAGAUGGGGUCCAGCACCUUCAUCGAUUUCGCCAAAUCCAGCGACGUUGUCAAGGACGUCAAGGCCGCCACAAAGGAUGGCCUCGGUCCUCAUGCCGUCAUCCUUGUCGCCGUCACCGAGAAGCCCUUCCAACAAGCUGCGGAAUACGUCCGCCCCCGUGGCACCGUUAUUGUGAUUGGUCUUCCCGCCAAGGCAUAUAUCCGUGCCCCAGUUUUCGAGUCAGUGGUGAAGAUGAUCAGAAUCCAGGCCUCGUACGUCGGGAAUCGACAGGACAGCGAGGAGGCGCUCGACUUCUUUGCACGCGGGUUGAUCAAGGUGCCAUUCAAGACGGUGGAUCUGAAAGAGCUUCCCAAGGUCUACGAGUUGAUGCAUGCAGGGCAAAUCGCUGGACGAUAUGUGCUCAAGAUGCCUGACGCAGAGUAA